UGUUUUGUAGCCGGGACACUGUGAGGACACCAUGCUGAUAUUCCUCCUCUCCACGCUGGCCCUUGUGGGGGCACAGCACAACCACUUUGACGAGCACUACAACUUCGGACAUCUACAUCAGCCGAUCGAACAGACCAUUGUCUUCGACUGCGGGAGUAACCCCAACCGCGCCAUUCAGAACCCAAAGUUCACGUUCAACAGAAAUGACCUGGAACUACCUGGUACUUUUAUCAUCCAGGACUUCGAGAUUGAAAUCACGAAGCCGAUCCCCCGGCCGCUGUACGGCAGGGUGGAGGCGUGGCGGACCAUCUGGCUCCUGGGCGGGGCGGGCAGCACCAUCCAGAUCGGGUGUUUCGGGCUCACCAGCUCCAGUACGGUAGGACUGGAUAGCGUGGGAACAUGCAACUAUGGGGACCUCUGCGGGAUUCUGGACCUGAACACUCCCAUUAACGACACCACCGGCCAGCCCACCUGCUUCAAUGAGGCUAUGAACCUGGGCAUCCCGGAGGACCAGUGCACGUGUGAGGGCAUCAUCGCCCCCAAGAUCUACUCCAUCCCCAACUGGAACAACGAAGUGGACCUGACCGACCUGGAGCCUGGACUCCUCACUUUCCUCGCAGAGGGUGACUAUGAACUGAAGUUGAUCGCCGAGGACGAUCAAGGUAAUGAGGAGGCGUGUAUCGGGGUCCUGGUGUCGGUUAAAGAGUGGGAGGACCCUAACGCCACUGGCGGAUGGCUUUUCGGCAAGAGGCGCUAAACCUACCACUGACGUAACACAGGUUUCAUGACGUCAUUAGGUUACGUCAUCAAAUGACGCGCAGGAAAUGACGCGUAGGAGUCAAUAACAACUUGACUGAGAAAUGACUAAUAAAAACAGAGUUAUGAACCAUAU